UGCAUUUCCGCGAGUCGACGCCUGAUUUUCCGCGGAUUGUUCGAAUUCCAGCAAAAAAAAUUGUUUUACCGUCAGUUUUUCUCUCCCCACUUUCAUCGUUUUCGCUACUGCAGGGACCGUUCAAUAUUUUCCAUCAUUUUCGUUGUGAGUCGUCGAGCUAUCGCGAUCCGUGUGUGGCGUAAUAGAAACGCAAGCUAGUGCUCGCAUCGUAUACAGCUGAUUUUCAUUGUGAGAUAUCCGGAGUGAAUGUCGUCGUAACACACGACGACGACGCGGGCGGAGGAAAAUAGAUUUUUCCUGUGGUGAAGGUAUUUUUUCUUGCUUCAGUUUCGCUUUGACAGUCGAUCGGGGAGAAAGGCUCGGACCCUCCGGAGGAGGAGCAAUUUUUUCGCGAACGUCCAACAACAAAGAAGCAAAGGGAAAUCUCCUGGCAGCUUGCUGGUUCGGUUCCGUCGCGAGUGCUGAAAGAGUGGAGGACUUUGGAAUUUCAGACAGUGUGGAGCGAGAUAAACGAAAAGAUUUUGCAACGAAAAUAGUGUACGGGUGUGGUGGUGAUUGAUAAAAAAAAACGCGAAUCGCGCGAGUUGAUAAGUGAAGAAGUGGUAUUACUCAGUCCGCACGACCUUCUACGCCUCGGAUAUUUUCAUCUCGGUAAUUCGGGACACAAUUCGGAACGGUGCUACGGAGGAGCAGCUUGAAUCACCAUCAUGAGCAAGCAUAUGUACUCGACGGCCAAUCUGACCGAUGUGGAGCUCAAGGACCAGGGCAAUCGGAUGUUUUCCUCGAGAAAAUACGACGAUGCCAUCAAUCUCUACACGAAGGCAAUUAUUAAAAACCCAACCAAUGCCACCUACUUCACAAACCGGGCUCUCUGCCACAUCAAGAUGAAACGAUGGGAAUCAUCCUGCACGGACUGUCGGCGGGCACUGGAUAUGGACCCGAACCUGGUCAAGGGACACUUCUUCCUCGGGCUCAGCCUAAUGGAGCUGGAAUCGUACGACGAAGCCAUCAAGCAUCUGAUGCGGGCACACGACCUAGCGCGAGAACAGAAACUCAACUUUGGCGAUGAUAUCGCGUCGCAGCUCCGGCUGGCGCGCAAAAAGCGCUGGAACAUUCAGGAAGAGAAACGGAUCUGUCAGGAGAUCGAGCUGCAGUCCUAUCUUAAUCGACUCAUCAACGAGGAUAUGGAAAGCCGACUGGCUAAGCUUCAACUAGAUGAUACUCUAAAUGAGGACGCCCUUAGAGACAAAUCGAUGGAGAUUGAACGUGAAUGUGAAAAUCACACCACCGAACUGAAUAACAUUUUUGCAAAAGUCGAUGAUAGACGGAGGAAACGAGAAGUACCUGACUACUUGUGCGGCAAGAUAAGUUUCGAACUGCUGGUAGAUCCCGUCAUCACCCCGUCCGGCAUGACGUACGAACGCAAGGACAUCGAGGAGCACCUACAGCGAGUUGGCCACUUCGAUCCGGUGACCCGGGUCAAGCUGACGCAGGAUCAACUCAUAGCCAACUAUUCCAUGAAGGAGGUGGUCGAUGCCUUCCUGGCGGAGAACGAAUGGGCCCUAGAUUACUAAGAUUGUCGAAACACGGCAUCCUACCAAGCUGCUCCUACAAAUAGGUACACCUAGCUCCUAGCGAACCGUCGUCGUCAGUGAAAUCCGAAAGCCAAUUACCAGGUAUGUUGGAACUUUUUCUUGAUUGUGUGCCCCUGUUCCUCGGCGUGGGAAUUGAACACUACAAAACGUGAUUUAUGCAAUUAACUUCGACUUUGGCUUCGAUAAAUAAAUGUUACAUAUACCUUAUACCGUUGGAGUUUGAUCAAUCCAUUAUCAGCUGUGAGCCUUGUUACUCCACGAAAUUGUUCUUUUUUACUCAAAACAGCCAAACUUAUCAAAUACCUAGAUGUGAACCUGUGACUUAUACGUUUCCGUGUAUAAAUGUUUGGUACGCUCAAAGCAAAAUAUCGCCAUUCAAUAUAUCAGCAGCUGAGCAAAUGUAUUUUGUUUAUUUGUUAGAAAAAAAAAUUGUUAAAUAUUUCGACAAGUAAACUCCUUAUUUUUCGAUUUUCUAUGUCUUAAUCACUUGAUUGGCAAGUUGACAUAUUUAAACAAAUUCACUUGGUGAUUCUCUAGUUUUAAGUUGUGUAAAUUGAUAUCUACCUUUUAAGAAAUUAGCGAAUAAAUUAUGUUCAUUUCGAGUAA